AUGUGUGAUGAUGAAGCGUUCGGGCAGAGUCAGGAUGUGUUGGCUACUCUUACUCACCAACAGGUUGGACUCGUCGGUAGUAGAGAGCCAUGGAAGCGAGAAUUCAACUGCAGUGCAGUUCCCUUAAGCACCGCAGUGGAGCCUCCUGCUCACCACUCUGGAAGCAGUUCCAACUCGCACGAAUUGCCUUCCCUCCGAGAGGAGUAUGCAGACUUUGCACAACUAGUUGUGUGGCCAUACUCCGACCUUAGGAGUUCUUUUGUUCAGGUCGCUACAUCUCGUGGAAUUCAGUUCCUUUUUGGACGAUUGUUUAAGUUUCCUGUACCAUUUCAGAAUUUCCCAUUCCAUGCUGCACUGUUCGCAUGGAGUUUUGCUUGCAGAUUAUUUGAAGUCAAAUCCUAUCUGCCUGCUGAAAACACAAGUCGUUUGACAGCUGAUGACGCCUUUGUCGUUCUUUUGGACGGCUUGGCUGUCUUUAAACAAAACAUUGGCUGCUCCAUAUCUUGUUCUUGUGUCCAUUCAGUUCUGUUAGAGCUUUACAAGACGAUGUCCAGUAAGCUUCUUAAAUGUUCUUUUCGUAUCGUGGAGUGUUUGACAAACGAUGAAUUUCCAUAUUCUUCGAGUGAGUUCGGUACGCUGGGCACCACACCGGUUAACUUUCUGGGAUUUUUCGCUGACGUUAUUUCACACCUUAUUGAUUUCCGCAUAAUUAGAUUCAUGGCCCAUGUUGUUAGUAAGGUUCAUUUCAAUUCUGCAAGUAAUGGAAAAUUCGCAUCGAAAUUCGUCACGAAAAUUCUUCAAACAGUGGAAGUUGCUGAGUUGCCAGAUUUGGAGAAACUAAGUCGAGGUGAUUCAUCUCGUUGGGCUGAAUCCGUCAUGAACUCUUUUCGAAGCUGCGUCAGUGAAGAACUGCUACUAAUCGAUUUUUUGUUGCGAAUUCUUUCAGACGAGCAGCUGUCUUCCUGUAGAGGCAUUGUUAUAAAUCGAUAUGCGAAUUCCAAAUUACUUGUGAAAGGAUGUGUACUAUCGUCCACGUUAUCCAUGCUUCUCGCACUUGUUGGCGGUGUAAAUGAUAAGUUCUGGAUUUGCUUCAUACCCUCAUAUCAAACCAUGAAUGUGUUGCCACUACCAGAGAGGAGUAGAGUUUUUGCAACGAGGUAUUUGGUGAUGGUCCAGUCGUAUCCUAAGGAGCUCUAUGAUGUUGACAUCAACCGUUUUGUCAUGGCGGCCUCCACGUCCGAGUUGCUGGAGUUUUUCUACCUCUUCACGAAUGUUCAAAGAGAAGUUCCUGGGUCGAUCUGGGAUAAGGCGACGAAUCUCCUAUUCACAACGAGACCGAAUGAUUCGAAGCUUCAAGCUUUCGUUGUUAAUCAGCUUGUAGUAGGAAUCCAAGCCCGAUCAUCGUGUUCUCUGUCGCGUUUCAAAUUUACACUGGAGAGGUUCAGUUGUCCAAUACCUGAUGCCGGGUUUCUGUUCAUAUUUUCUAAUAGCAUCUUAACACAACUACAAGGGGAAUUUCGACAUAUCAUCAGUCAACUUGUACCACUUUGGAUUUAUGCGGUGUUGGCAUAUUCAUCGUCUCGAGAAAUGGAUACUAAGCGGUUUACAUCAUUGAUUUGGGACCAUAUUUCUCAAUUAUUAAUUAGUCUCGCACCGAACUUCUGUAUGGAAUUAUCUCCUGGAAAUUUGGAACUGUUCGUUGUGAGAUUCUUCACGGUACUUGGUGGCACUACGUCCUCAGCAGACGUUGUUCGAAAGAUAGUAGCUGACUCUGUGCCACUUUUUUUGGCCACUCAAAUUGCAACUUUAUUAAAAAGUGAUGAUAAGGAAUUGGAGGAACGAAUCCUACGUUUAUGCGCAGAGAUGUUUACUCACGUAGGCUCUGUACUAUUGGCGAUUGCCGAAACAGAGGCACAGCGAAUUGGGUUGAACCGGACAUCAUUUGUCGUUCUCGUACAGGCGCUAGUAACCAAGCUGGUUAAAAGUUCAAUGGAUCCGGUAUUUUUGUUGCAAGUUGCUCCGGUGUACAUCGCAGCGCUCCUCAAGUUACCCUACAGAAUGUUCAUCUACUCUCGCGUCAAGGAUCUCUUACUCAAGUUUGCGGACGAAUCUGCUAUUGCUUUGCGAAUAUCAGAUGAACUUACAAAAUGCCAUGGUUUGGCCUAUCACAAGCAACUGGUAAAGGAAUCGGAUCCUCGUAUAAAGAAGUUCUUCGGUAUUGACGGAAUGAUGUAA